CGAUAAUCGUAUUAACCGCAACAAGAACAAAUUAUACUAAUCGAGCACUACGAUAACCGGCCGGCGCGACGCGCGCGAACCAACAGACCGACUAUAGUGGCUCCAUCUGUGGGCCGCACGCGCGCGCCGGGUCACAUGGUCUGACCGACAAAUUGAAUACCGUCUGGCGGUCCCCGUGAUUCCGUGAUUCCUCGCGUUUGCCACUCUCUCGGCCAGUCACCAACCGCACGUCGCGCAGUUUAUUAGAGGGGAAAGAGCAGAGGACGGAAAGAGGAAAAAAUUAAAUAAAUAGUGAUCCGAUCGACAAGACGACGCGAGCGAGACGGACGCGGCGCACGAAUACGACGUGACCGAUCGACCGGCCGUUUCUCGAGUAAUAAAAAUAAUAUUAAUAUACGAAAAACGGGACUCAGCAGUGACCUUUUUUUCCGCUCAAAUUUAUCCGUUCGAUUUUUUUUUUUUUUUAAUUUUUAUUAUUACUUGACUACUUUUUCGCGCGUUCGACCUCUAACGCGUCGCAAAAUUCGAGCACGUGAUCCGCCAGCGUACAUUAUAUACAUACUAUACUCGUACGUAUAGUCGUUCCGUCGGUUCAAAUUUUUUUCCGUUAGGUUAAAAAAAAAAAGUCGUUUUUAGAGCUUUUGGAUUACGUAAGCCACGGCGAUAUCGCCUCGCUUGGCAGGUCGCGGGUCACCCCGACAAGCAAUAUUUCGGCCUUUGAUCGGCCGUCACCGUCUAACGAAGACAUAAUAAUAAUAUCCUCGUCGACUAAGAGUCACCCGCCAAUCGCCCGUCCGCCUACCGCGUACCCACCGGCGGUAUGCGGACGUCGUGCGAAGCGGGCACUGGCGUCCGGCGAGACGGACCCUGACCCGGCGGUACCCUGCCCGGUACCACCCAGCAAUGGCCUAAAGUCAUGGUGAAACGGUCGCACUGCAACAGCAGCAACAGCGGUGGCGGCCACCGGCGGAGUGUUGUGGUGACGGUCAGCGUAUUGGCGUUAUACGCCGUGUUGUGCGGUGGCGCGGUGUCGGGCACGUCACUCGGUGACCGGACCGCGUAUUACGGCGUCGCGGUGGCCGCGGAACGGGUGGACGACGCGGCAGUGGUGGCCGCGGUCCCGGGCUCGGCUGCAGUCAGGAACGGCAGGUCGUCGACCAACCUGUCGCACAUAACGGGCACCGCCAGGAAAAUCAAAAUGUUCAUCAAAAACAGAUACCUGCAGGUGUUCCCGGACGGCACGGUGAACGGCACGGCCGAGGAUACGAACGAUUAUGUUAUCCUGCAAAGAACUUCGGUGAACAUGGGGCAGCUAAACAUCCAAGGCGUAGCAACCUGUAUGUACUUGUGCAUGGACGCAUGCGGCUUACUUUAUGGCUCGAAAGAUUUCGAGGACGAAUGCGUGUUCAACGAGAUGAUCGAACAAAACCAUUACAACACGUACUCGUCGGUCAAGUACACGAACGACCGACGAACCCUUUACCUGGCGCUCAACAAGCGGGGCACGCCGCGCAAGGUGCAAAUAAAGGCGGACGCGCCGCUCGGCAAGCUGUCCACGUACACGCGAGUGCUGACACAACCGGUGCCCGCGGAACGGGUGGAACGUCUGUUGGCCAACCGGCAGUCAGCCGAGUGGCCGGCGUCCAUACCGCACGCGCACCGGCACCAACACGCGUGUCCGCCGCACGUGGGGCUACCGCACGCCACUGCCAAGCACCGCAAAGGCCGUAAUAAAUGCCAAGGCAAAGGCGGCGGCGGCGGUGGUGGCCGGAAGAAGAACAAGGACGACGGGAACGGCAGGGACAGCGGCAGUAGAGAGGACGAAGACUGCGGGGUCGGAGGAGGAAACAAGAAUAAGAAGAACAACCCGCGGUGUGGCGACGGCGACGAGAUCAAUCACCGGAAGGUGGACGCUGCCGGACGGAAAAAGAAAUCGAAAAAACCCACGACCGGCGGCGGUAAAGGCGGCAAAGGCGACAAACCGCAACGGCAACACGGCGCAAAAGCCGGUAAAAAAUCGGAAACGGAAACUCCGCCGCCGCCGCCGCCGGAACCCGCGGACGGUGGUGGCGGCGCAGGCGACGUCGACGACGACGACGACGACGAAGCGGCAGCGGCGGCCACGGCACCGACAGACGAGUUCCUACAUUUUAACGACAAUUAACCGUAACGAUAGCAUAUUAUAAUAAUAUUAAUAAUAACGAUAUACAUAAAAUUAUUGUAUUAUGCGCACUUAUAUAUUGUUAUUACUAUUAUUGUCAUAUACAUAUUACAUUUAUAUACAAAUAUACAGUACUGCUUUUCUUAUAUAUAUAUUAUUAUAUAAUAAUAAUUAUCAUUCUUUUUAUAUUAUUAUUAUUAUUGAUGUGUCGUAAUAGAUCGGUUUUUCACGAGUGGCCCCGUUGACCACGAAAAAAAUCCACACCGACCUACCAAUAAUAUUAUAUAUAUAUAUAUUACAAUCAUAUGCCUAUAAUUAGCUACUACAUACUCAUUUUAUUCAAAACCGCUUAGGUGUUAUUUUAUUAGUGUUACGCAAUAUAAUACCUAUCCUCUUGUACGCGCGUGCACGCCAUCAUUAUACAUUUUUUUUUUUUUUUAUCGUAAUAUUAAAAGUACACAUAAAUAAUAAUAAUAUUAUAUAUUAUGAUAGCUGUAAGCUUAUACCUAUUGAUUAUUAAGUACUCGCCGAAAAUAUUACAAUUUUAUCCAUAAAAUCUGCCCACGAGGCCGCCGCCGCUUACGAGUGCUUAUACCUACUAUAUUUCCCGAGUCUGAAAGUCUAUCCACAUAGUUCCCUCCGUCGCGCCCACUCGGGAUAUUUUAAAAGUUAUCGCAAUAAACUUUUUUUUUUCGUAUACUUCGCAGCAACCCACCCCACCCAUCGGUAUUCAGUGAACGUUCAGUAUUCUUCGGUAUAAAAUUUAUGUAGUAUAUAAUACGCGUCAUUGGGUAUAUAUAUUGUCAUUCGUCGUUGUGUAUUCCCGUGGAUUUCUCGAAAUGUGCCAUUUUUAAAUAAUAACAAAACGAUGAAAAAAAAAAAAUGUUAAAUCUGUUUAUUAAUUUUGUACUUUCCUGAUAUUUUUUUUUUUUUUAUAAUAACGUUAUAUACGUCGUGUCUUAUUAUUAGUUAUUCUGAAUGAUAUACAGCACUGCACGGUAAAAAUAUAUAUAGACGAAAAACUUGUCCGGCUCUAUCAAAUGUAGGUAUUGUGCUAAAGAAUACGCAUGUGUAUUAGAACGCGAACAUAUUAACGUGUGUUUAGACAAUAUAAAAAUUUGUUUACAUUCCAAAUUUCGAAUAAUAUAAAAUGUACGUGACAAACGAGCACUGUUUUAAAUCGUCGCGACCUUAUGUUUAUUAUUAUUUUUAAUAAUAACAAUAUACAUACAUAUAUAUAUAUUCAUACCAGUCCGAUUAACGGCGAAUAUUUUAUUAUAAUAUACCAAAGUUAGUCCCUCGCCGAAUCUAAAAUACCAAUUCGUGAAAUCUCGCGUGCUUAAAAAACGCAACAAUGUUUUUUGUAAAAAUAAAAAAUACAUUUUUAUACCAAAUAAGUUUAUAUAUUUUAGUUUUCCUAUGUUGUACAAAUUUAUAUUAAAGUGUCAAUUUUUUUCAAUUUGUAAUUUUUAAAUGUGCCUGACUAGUUUUAUUUAAUACGUACAUUAGCACUAUAUGAUAUAUACUAUAUAUAAUUAUUUAUUUACUGUCCGUACGCGGUGAUUUAAAAUUUUCCCAUAACAAUUUUAAUAAAUAUUAAGCAAAAAAUAUGAUUUUUUUUUCCUAAAAAGUAAAAUAUAAUAGUGAUUUUUGUACUCUAUGUCUGUUAAAUAUUAUACAGAGAAAAACACCUAGUCAAUAUUCGUUAAAUAAGUGUUUAGAUCAUUGGAGAGAAGUAUAUAAUGUAAUAUAUAUACGUAAAUGAAAAAAUAAAAUAUUCUGAGUUUUUUAUUGUUUUGUUUUAACUUAUUUAUAUUUUUAACGUAAAAAUCGUACGUACCUCUUUCCGGUGAUCGUGGAACUAGUGUGUUUAUUACUUAAGUAUUAAUUCUGAAAGCGGCUCGCGUUAGUGCUGUGUCCACCGUAUUAUAUAUUUGUACUAAAUAAUAUUAUGUCUAUAUCACUAUUACCUGUAUAAGUAUAAUGCGUAUACUUAUAUUAUAGUCCAUCAUUAUUUAUUUAUACUAUAAUACCAUUUUUAUGUUUCCUGAAAUGAUUGUUUGUUUUAGUUUGAUAUUGUAACCAUAUUGUAUGACAAUAUUAAUGUUGUGACCAAAAACGAAAAAAAAAUCAAACCGUUCAAAAUAUAUAACAUUAAAGUACCUAAUAUCA